CCGAAGUCCCAGAGGACGAUGCUUCCGCUGGAACGUGGCGAAAUAUUGGUGCGCUCACCGAACAUCAUGACAGGUUACUACAAACACUGCGAGGCGACAGCUGCUGCUCUCGACGCUGACGGCUGGCUGCGCACAGGUGACAUGGGCUACUACGACCACUCUGGGCGGCUAUUUGUGACCGAGCGGCUGAAGAGCGUCAUCAAGUGUUUCGACACCAAAGUGGAGCCCUUCGAGGUGGAGCAAUGCGUUCUCGUGCUUGAGUGGGUGGCCGAAGUAGCCGUGCUCGGUGUGGCGCACCCGGUGCUUGGAGAGGCACCAGCCGCUAUUGUUGUCCUGCGAGGAAAAUGUAAGGCGGAGGAACAUGGCCCCAUCGCACAGCGGAUCAAAGAACACGUGGCAGAGAGAUUGGCUGUUUACAAGGGACUACACGGCGGGAUAGUUUUUGCUGAAGAGCUGCCCAAAAACAGAAGAGGCAAAGUGCUGAAGCGCCAUCUGAUGAUUGAGUUUGUAAACCUUAAGAAGGCGGGAACGUUUUAUUGAAUGCUGUCGAGGACGUACACACUUGUAUGUUCUUACGUACUUUAGUUACAAGUCUGAUGUAGUGUAACAUUGAAAUACCAUA